AUGGCGACGGCGACGGUGACGCUCGAGCGACGUCGGCGCGUCGCGACGCGCGCGGUCGAAGACGACGAGGGCGCGUCGCGCGACUACGUGAAGCCCGUGCAGGAAGAGAACGCGCUGCUGGAGAGCGAGACGUUCUCCACGGUGCUGAAGGCGGGAUUCGCGGCUUUCUGCUUGGUGUGCGUGCUGCUGGUUUUUAAGCUCGCGGGACCGGUGGUGAACGAAAUGGUGUCGACGUUCCCCGGGGCGUCGUCGCGAUAG